UUUGAACGCACGAGGAUGAUGCCAAAUAUUCGAACUAAAAAUAUUUAUGAAGCCAUUAUGCAUCGGCAAAGGAUGGCUGAAGCUAAGAAGCAAUGUGAUCAAGUAGAAAAUAAAAAGUUCUUUCAGGAUUCCGAUGUGAGAGCACGCCAGGAAAAACGCUGGACUUCAGAAUCUUCCUUUAAUAAUAGCAUGAUGGCCUAUCUUUUACCUGAUAAGGAGGCGGUAUUGAAUAACCUGGAGGCCCGAAAAAGUAAACUUAGGUCCCUAUUGCAAAAAGAGGCGGACUUUUAUGAGAUAAGUGACAGUGAGGCCUCUGACGCAGUUGAAUCAAAAACUGUGGUUUAUGACAGCCAUAAAUCCAACGAACAUCAACGCGAUAUCGCAUUGCAACGUAAAACGGACGAGUUAAGGCAAUUUGAAAGAGAGGUCUUUAACGAGGAAUUAGAGGAAAUCGAAAAGGAGAUCUUGAAACAGCAGAGACUCCUCCAAGGGUUAGAAACGGAGAGGCGGAAGACUGAUGAGGCACGGCUUCAGCGACGCUUCGAGAAGGUAACUCUUCGACAGCACUCUACAGCGCUGAUUCGACGUUCUCGCCAGGUGCAAACGGAAAUUACCGCCGAUUUAGCUUACAUUGAUAGCCUGCUUGCCCUUGUGGGCGAGGAGCAGGAGAAUGAGAGAGGAGAGGGAUUGAGAAGUCGUCUUAUUACCGUUAAGGAAAUGCUCAAAGAAGAACUGCGCCAUGAGGAGCGACGAGAAAACGAUAUGGAUGGCAUGCUGGCCUCGGAGGCGGCGGAAUUGGCAAAAAAGAGGGAACAGGAAUGGAGAUGCCUGGAAGAUGCUCGUAUUAGACUUCUCACUGACGUGCUCUCCAUGUGCCGGGACCGCGUGGAUGCUCGUUUGAAGGCCCUAAAACAGAUAAAAUUGGAGAGAGUGGGACGCCUUGAGGCUCUAAAGCGUGGAGUUACCACAACUGAAUUGCAAAGGAAACCAUCACCUCCGAAGGAGCACAUCAAUGGCGAGAGUUGUAUUAAUUUAGCUGAAACCGAUGGGGCCGAUAGACGUAGUAGUCAUGCUGAAGCCGUCUUUGAGGAGACGUUGAGGAAGGAGGCCGAAAAACUUAACGUCUCCAUGGAUGAAAUAAAGAAGGUAGCUGCUGAAAUGGGAUAUGAUAAAGCGCCUUUUACAGGUAACCGUCACAAGACUCAACUCUGGUAG